AUGGUGGAUAGAAGAAAAAAAGUGCUCCCUGGCAUGUCACCUUUGAAGAAGAAAAGCAUAGCAGAUAAAAUAAUCAAUCUUCAUCAUCUUAGACAGCUCCAUGCACAGCUCGUCCUCCACUCCCAGCACCAACACAACCACUGGGUGGCGCUUCUCCUUACCCAAUGCACGCGCCUCCUUGCACCCUCAAACUACACCUGGCACAUUUUCCAUGUAGCAACGUAUCCGAAUGUACAUGUCUUCACCUGCAUGCUCAAAUAUUACUCCCAAACCGGUGCUACAGCAGAAGUAGUUUCUUUCUUUAAACAUAUGCAAUACUAUGACAUUAAGCCUGAUGCAUCGGUUUAUCCGGUAUUGAUAAAAUCUUCUGGAAAGGCCAGCAUGCUACUUCAUGCUCAUGUACUAAAACUGGGACACUGUGGCGAUCAUCAUGUUCGAAAUGCAAUUAUGGGCAUGUAUGCCAGGUGUGGACAUAUCGAGGUUGCCAGGAAACUGUUUGAUGAAAUGCUUGAUAGAACUGUUGCAGAUUGGAACGUCAUAAUCUCUGGAUACUGGAAAUGCGGGAAUGAAGAGGAAGCAAGUAGGCUUUUUAGCAUGAUGGGCGAGUCAAAAAGGAAUGUUAUUACUUGGACCACCAUGGUUACUGGACAUGCAAAGAUGAGGAAUUUAAAGACUGCAAGGAAAUAUUUUGAUUUGAUGCCCGAAAAAAGUGUGGUAUCUUGGAAUGCUAUGCUAUCAGGAUAUGCUCAGAGUGGAGCAGCACAAGAGGCUGUAAGAUUGUUCAGUGACAUGCUUAACUCUGGCAAUGAACCAGAUGAAACAACAUGGGUAACUGUCCUAUCAUCUUGCUCAUCUCUUGGUGAUCCUUGCCUUGCAGAGUCAAUUGUCAGAAAGCUAGACAAAAUGAACUUUCGUUCAAAUUAUUUUGUCAAGACAGCACUUCUUGAUAUGCAUGCAAAGUGCGGGAACCUUGAGGUAGCUCAGAAGAUUUUUGAGCAAUUGCGUGUGUAUAAGAAUGCUGUCACAUGGAACGCCAUGAUUUCUGCUUAUGCUAGAGUAGGUGAUUUAUCUUUGGCAAGAGACCUGUUUAAUAAGAUGCCAGAAAGGAAUACUGUCUCCUGGAAUUCGAUGAUUGCUGGUUACGCUCAAAAUGGCGAGUCAAUAGAGGCAAUCAAGCUGUUCAAGGAAAUGAUCUCUAGUAAAGAUUCAAAACCAGAUGAGGUGACUAUGGUGAUUGUUUUUUCUGCAUGUGGACACCUUGGAAGACUAGGCUUAGGCAAUUGGGCUGUCAGAAUCCUAAGUGAAAAUCAUAUCAAGCUUAGUAUCUCAGGAUACAAUUCUUUGAUUUUCAUGUACGUAAGAUGUGGAAGUUUGGAAGAUGCUAGAGUAAUAUUUCAAGAAAUGGCAACCAGAGAUUUAGUUUCCUAUAACACGUUGAUUUCCGGGUUAGCAGUCCAUGGGUAUGGAACGGAAAGCAUCAAGCUAAUGUCAAAAAUGAAAGAAGAUGGUAUUGAACCAGACCGCGUAACACAUAUUGGGGUAUUGACAGCAUGCAGUCAUGCAGGAUUAGUGGAAGAGGGCUGGGAAGUUUUUGAAUCAAUCAAAGUUCCUGAUGUAGAUCACUAUGCAUGUAUGAUUGAUAUGCUAGGUCGAGUUGGUAAAUUAGAAGAAGCAAUGAAAUUGAUUCAAAGCAUGCCAAUGGAGCCCCAUGCUGGCAUUUAUGGAUCUCUUUUAAAUGCUACAAGCAUUCAUAAACGAGUUGAACUCGGGGAACUUGCUGCUGCUAAAUUGUUCAAGGUUGAACCACAUAAUUCUGGCAAUUACGUGUUGCUUUCCAACAUAUAUGCUUUGGAUGGUAGGUGGAAAGAUGUUGACGACGUUAGGGACAAAAUGAGAAAACAGGGAGUAAAGAAAACAACAGCUACGAGCUGGGUAGAGCAUAGCUCAUAA